AUGUUUUAUAAAACUAAUUUAGUAUCUCCUAACAGAACCUAAUCUCCAGUUGUCGUACACAAAUAAUCGAUAAGUCAAGUAAAUAAUCCUCUUUUAACUUAAUAAUAAUACCAACCAUAAACAUACUAUGCAUCAUCGAAAACAACACCAAUAAAAAAUUUAGAAUAGAAGUUUGAAGUGAUAAAAUAAAAUAUAACAAUACCUACUUAAAGUUAAAUGUCUCCUGAAAGAAAUAAAUUAUCAGUGGCUAAUGAGUUUGAUAUGUAAGUUUUGCGCAAUGACAUGACAUUCAGGGAAUAAAAGAUCUUUGCCUUACAAAAAGCACUUGAUUUGUCCAAUGAUGAUAGAAUUAGAUUAAGAUCAGCUUUAGAGUAAAAAUCUAAUGCCUGUGUCAAUAAAGAAAGGGAAAUUGCCAAAUUACUAGCAACUAUACAUUAAAUGGAGUUUAAGAAAACAGAAAGCCAAAUUGUAAGAGAUCUUCAAUUGCAAAUAGAAACUCUCAAAAUAUUUAUUUAAGAGAAUGCUUUAGAUAAGUCAAAUUUCAAGAAUGAAGACACUCAUAAUUUGAAGUCCAAAAUGAGUCUCCUUUAGCAAUAGUUGACAUAACAAAUAAGCAAGAAUGAGUCAUAGUAAUAAUACAUAAAUGAACUAAUGAAUUAAAAUAAGGAGUUGUCUUAGAAGUAUAAUGAGAAGUGCAUUGAAUUAUAGAAGUUGGAAAUGCAAUUGGAUUAAAUUAAAAUAUUAUAAAAUGAACUUAGAGGGAAGGAUGAAGAGAUAGAAAUAUUAAAAGGAGAACUCAACAAUGAUAAUACAACCAAUUAUACCAAAGAAUAAUGUGCCUUUGAUCAAUAAAAUGAAAUCUAAAAGUUUCUUUCUCAGAUAAAAUAACAGUAUUUGGAAGACUCUCCAAAAAGGGACACCGAUGAUUAGGAUUCAAUGAAUGUUUAUAGACAUAUCUACAGUUUUCAAUCUACUGAUGACUUUAAUAAAGGGGAUCUUUAGAAAAUAAACAAAUGA